GCCAUGUUUAUUUCCUUCCGGCGGCCGUUGCGCGAUGGGGAACCAGUGGCAGGACGUUGCUCUUAUAUGUGAGCCGGACGCGAAAAACCCUCCCUCGGCGCCGACUAAGUUCGCGACGAUGACACGAGCCGCGAUUUCGAUAAUGGUGGCCUGUUUGCUGGUGAUUGCGGUGGCCUUGCCGAUUCUCCACUUUCGAGAGGAUGCUCCCGACGAGGACAGAGGCUACGUGCAGACCGGCCGCGUCUUCUACCGCCACGUGAGCCCGGGCAAGGAACCGCUGCGGGAUCAGCCGCCGGUAGCCAUGUCAAGCCCCAUGGACACGAAGGAGGCUUUCGAACAGGUUUUAGUAAAGGUGAUGGGCCUGAAGGAGGACCCUGAGGAGUUCGUCCAGGAUGCUGCUGACGACGAAGAGGACGAGCUCACGGGCCUCCUGGAAACGGUGGGCGAGGACCCGGCAGACCCGGAUGCCGUGGCCUUCCUCUUGCCCCUCCGAGGACGCGUCGGCGGCCUAGGAAUCAAAUACGGGCGGAGGAUGAAGCAGAUCAUCGAGCAACUGUCUGCAGAAGGCGCAGAGGGCGAGGACACUGCGGGCAUCAGUUCGGUGCUUGUCAGGGACUCACAGGCGGACGCGGACAUUGCAAGGAAACUUACAAGUCAUUUUUAUGAGGUCCAUGGCACAACGCGUUACUUCGGCUACCUUUCUGACGACGAAGCCCUUGAAGUAGCUCACUGGGCCCGCUCGAAGGCCCCUGGUACACGAUUUGUGACCCCAACGGCCACCACCACCUACCUGCAGAGUGCCAAGAACAUCGCCAGCGUGCAGCCCACGGCGCAGAUGUUGGCGGCGGCGGUGGCGGACCUCCUCCUCUCGCUGCAGGUGCCGAAGCCUAUCAUUGUGGCUCAGGCGUCGCUGCACACCGACUCCUUCAUCGCUCUCCUCCGUUCUUCCGGGGUCAGACCCGCACACAUGUUGCACUACUUUGCGAACACCAACGUUACGCGGCUGGUCCAGCGCCUUGGCGACAAGCUUGCCGGCACCCCCGUGCCCAUUCUCCUGCUGGGGGAUUCCAAGAGCGUGUCGCUGGUGGAGCAGGCGGACCUUCUUUUCCCUGCCACGUGGAUCCUGCCCUUCCCCACGCAGUUUGACGACAAGAUUAUAAUGAGGCAAUCCGAGUUGUUGACCUUCAUAUACAGGGCAUUUGAUGAUAAACCGGGUAGUUUCCUGAAGGAAGAAAGCAUGCUAGAUCCUACAGAGUCGAUCAUAUCGGCAGCGAAGGACCUCCUGACGGGGAAACGGCGUAGCUGGUACGGCUCCUACGUGGUCGCAGUCUCCGUGCCCGUCUCCAGUGCCAAGAAGAACGUGAGAGUGCUCGGCUCUACAGACGGUUGGCAUCCGCUUAUCCAGUACGACCUCAUGAAGACCACAUUGAAGAGACGCGUGUACCAGCAGCUCAUGAUCAGCCCUGACCUAGUGAAGCCCUUGGCGUCCGGUAACAGCUGUAGGCUGAUUCUGACGUACCUAGAGGAGCUAACGGGCAGGAAGAGAGUGGAAGAGAUCCUUCUGACGGGCGCCUUUCCUGCGGUGAUCAUACCAACCGACCGCGGAGCGCAGGUGCACGUAGACUGCCCUCAGCAGCACGCUGACCUCCGAUGCACAGCGCAGAAAGACACUUGGGAGCCAGUGAAGUGCCAGGGGACGCUGCAGGGCCAGCAUCAGUACAUGUCCUCCUGCGGAAGCGACGUAAGCAUCACCAUUCCGACGUUGAAGGGCUGCCUCGUCAGCAAGAGUCUGGAAUGCCACUCCCCAUCCUCAGUGGGCUGCUUGUUCUCCGAUCUGUGUUCGUCGGUCACGCACGUGAAGCCCCUCACCGACUGCAUGGGGAAGCAUUUCGACCAAGACUCGUGAUUCCACACCUCGCAACGGCUGUAUCGGAAGGGAAUUAAAUUGCUUUUAUUCGGUCUUUAC